GUGCGACACUGCGACAAGUCCAGCACUUGAAAGUUCAAACUGUUUAAAAAAAAUCACAAAACCUUUUAAUCCCCAAGUUUUCCCUGCCGCGACCCGUCUAUCAGACCCGACCGGAGACUUUGUCGGAACUCCGUUUUCCGGCCACCUCAGACGAAGCUAUUGCCUCCCUUCCUCCGGUGAUCAUUUUCUCCAAUCGGCAAAGCUUGAUCGGACCUCGUUUUGCUUCAAGGGAUGACUAUACCUCAAACAAGAAAUGUUGGGCUUCCAUUGAUGAGGCUGAUCAGACUAGAAGGAAUACCCAUCCUGCAGCAGCUUCAUUUAGAGGAGCAACUGCUUCGAACCUCGUCUGAUAAUUGGUGCAUUAUAAAUGAUGGUACCAAUAUUCCUAACAUUGUCAUGGGUAUUUCAGGAAAACCUGCAGAGCUUCUUGACAUUGAUCUGGUGUUACGAGAUCAGGUUCCUGUCAUCAAAAGAUUUACUGGAGGUGGCACGGUUACAGUUGAUCAUGGCACGAUAUUUGUCACUUUCAUAUGCAACAGGGAUGCUGUUCCUGGCUUGCAACUGUAUCCGCGACCUAUAAUGUCCUGGAGUAGCCAAUUAUACAGCAGAGUGUUCCAAAGAUUUGGCGAUUUUCACCUUCGUGAAAAUGAUUAUGUAUUUGGUAACCGCAAGUUUGGUGGUAAUGCUCAAUCGAUUACUAAAAACCGGUGGAUCCACCACACAUCCUUUCUAUGGGACUAUGAGGUUAGGAACAUGGCAUACCUGAAGCUUCCAAAACGGGCACCUGAAUAUCGAUCGGCAAGGGACCAUUUGGAAUUUAUAUGCCCCAUGAAGGACUAUAUGCCAAGAUCAGUUUUCAUCGACAAAACUGUCAAGGCAAUUAGUACCGAAUUUUCAGUAUAUUCUGAACAAACAGACCCAUUCAAAAUCAGCUCAAACUUUGAGCCCUCAACUAGACUACUUACAAGGCAGGAGUUGGAAGAAGUAGCCUCUCAACCUGAGAGCCCUGUGUCUCAGUCUUUGUCCAUGUAAUGAAAU